AUGUUUUCUUCAAAUCUUUCCCAAAAAAUUCCUUCUUCAAGCCAUGUCUCUCCUACUUUCAGUUCCUUCUUCGAAAAAGUUGGUUUUUAUUUUAGCCACCACGAAAACAACAGUAACCCAUUUGUGUCUCCACCACCCUCAUCGCCACCACCGGAAGUCACUGCAAAUACGCAAGAUUUGACUUGUCAGCAGGUUCAAGAAGGAUCUGUGUUGCAGUAUAGUGAUGAUUAUGAUGAUCUUUUAGAGUCGAUAGUUUAUCCUUGUAAGAAGAAAACAGUGAACAGUAAGAAAGAUGGGCAUAGUAAAAUCAACACAGCUCAAGGCCCUAGAGAUCGGAGGGUGAGAUUGUCCAUUGAUAUUGCUCGAAAGUUUUUUGAGCUUCAGAACAUGCUAGGGUUCGACAAAGCAAGCAAAACCCUCGAUUGGUUGUUUACGAAAUCCAAGGUCGCCAUUAAGGAGCUGGUUAAAGAAACAAAGCACUCAUCGUCAUCAACUGUGAGUACUGGUCAAUGUGAAUUAGCUUUUCUUGAUGACGAUGAAGGUGAGAACAAGUCUGAAUUCAGGUUUGUUAAUGGAAAAAUGAAGAAGAUAACUCAAAAACAGAAAUCCGGGCAUCGUGUUGAUGUUGCGAGAGAGCAGUCAAGAGCAGAGGCAAGAGCUAGGGCUAGAGAAAGGACAAAAGAAAAAAUGCGGAUUAAGAUGCAACAAUAUGAUUUGAAAAAAUUUCCUGAUGAGUACUCUUGUCAUGCAGUAAGCUCUUCAAACUUAACUAUUCAGUCGAGCUUUUGGGGUCAGAUAGAAUCACAAAGUGAUUACAACGAAUCAAUUGUGGAAAAAAUGUUUUUUAUGUAAUUAGGGUUACCCAAAUCUGCAAGAUUUCAUUUACUUUCGUUUCUUUGUUUAAUUUGUCUAACACAAGUUUGAAAGAAAUGCAGGAGAAAAUCUGGGUUUGAGCCAGUAACCGGAUCUAGUAGUCAUCUUCUUGCACUAGUUCAUUUGGGGGGGACCUAGAGCUUUAUAUUGUAAGGAUGUAGUAAGUGUAAAAUUGUUCAUUAUUGAUUAACCGAAUUGUUUAAUAUUAUUUA